AUGAAGCUGGAGGUGUUCUCGCAGCACUAUGAAGACAAGCUGAGCGCCGGCAGCGACCAGGAAGGCAGCGGCUCGCUCUCCCCGGCUCCGGCGGAGAGCGAGCUGGGCUCGGACGGUGACUGCGCGGCCAACAGCCCGGGCGGCGGGGCCGGCCGGCCGGGGCAUCCCCCGCCGCCGCCCCCCACGCCGCAGCCCCCGCCGCCGCCGUCGGCCGAGAGCGCCAAGGGGAAGCCCUACACGCGGCGGCCCAAGCCGCCCUACUCCUACAUCGCGCUGAUCGCUAUGGCCAUCCGCGAUUCGGCCGGCGGCCGCCUGACCCUGGCCGAGAUCAACGACUACCUGAUGAGCCGCUUCCCCUUCUUCCGCGGCGCCUACACCGGCUGGCGCAACUCGGUGCGCCACAACCUGUCCCUCAACGACUGCUUCGUCAAGGUGCUGCGCGACCCGGCGCGGCCCUGGGGCAAGGACAACUACUGGAUGCUGAACCCCAGCAGCGAGUACACCUUCGCCGACGGCGUCUUCCGCCGCCGCCGCAAGCGCCUGAGCCGCGCCGCCCCGCCGCCGCAGCCCGCCCGCCCCGCCGCCGGCGCUCCGCCGCAAGUGCCGCAGGAGGCGGCCGGAGCGGGCGCCGCGUCCCCCGGCGCUUCCCCGCGGUGCUGCUGCGCCUCCUCGCCCUGUCACUGCGCGCCGGGCGCCAAAGAGGCAGCGGCGGGGGGCGGCGGGGCGAGGCCGGCGGGCGGCGGCGGCGCAGCCAAGUUCUCCAGCUCCUUCGCCAUCGAGAGCCUCCUGCAGCGGCCGGCAGGACCCCGCGCCGCCCCGCAGCCGCCGCCGCACGCCCGCCUGGUGUGGCCGGCGCCGCCCGCGCCCCCGCACCUGCUGCCCGGCCCCUACCCGCUGCUCCCGUACCCACCUGCCGCGCAGCCCCCGCCCGCCGCCGCACUCUACGGCGGGGGCCUCCUGCAGCUCUGCGCCUACGGGCUAGGAGAGCCGUCGCCGCCGCCGCUGCUGCUGGGGGGCGGGCGGCCCGCGCUGGCCCCGGGGGAGCCGUCGCCGCUGGCGGAGCGGCCGCGGGCGCCGCUGUUCCACGCCGGGCUCCCCAAGGGCGGCCGGGGGCCGCCGCCCGGCUCCCCGCUCUACGGGCCCCUGCGGCUCGCCGGGCCGCUGCCGCCGGCGGCGGGGGGCUCGACCUCGUUCCAGGCGUACGCCGUGGAGACCCCCCUGGCUUAAUGGAGUCCCCCUCCUUCCCCUGCGAGGGACCUGCCCGGGGAGGCGUGGAGGGGGAAAGGAGGAGGCUCUGGAUCCCGCACUUUAACUCCAGAGGCGACCACAGCCUCCAAGCAAAAGCCUCGGUGACUGUGCCUUAGUGAAAUGACAGUGAGUUCAACUUAAGCCAAAAAAAAAAAAAAAAAAAAAAAAAAAGAGGGGAAAAAAAGAAAAAAAAUCAAACAUUUGUCGGUUUGGACAUAGCCAUGAGCCUCAAGUGCUUCUUACUGUUCGUUGAGACUACUUGACUUAAGCCCGUCCCUCGCCACGUCUCUUCUAUGCCUCUCUCUUGUCCCCACAUCUCGUGCUACCGAAGCCUGGGGCAGCAGAGCGGGGUGCCCCGCGGAGGGGCGCGGUGGCGGCCGCUGGGGGAUGC